AACUUAUUUUGAUGUAUUGUAACAUUAACCAAGUUAUCAAAAUAACUGAUGAAUUGUAUCUUGAAAUACAAUCAAAUUAAAGUACAACAUCAACUUAAAUUGUUUAAUUCAUUUAACCAAAAUAACUGGUAUCUAAAGUAGCGUUACAAAAGUUAUCGUAUCACAAUAACUUAUGUAUUGUACCGUUAACAAAUUUAUUGUAACACACUAACGUGUGUAUUGCAUAGUUAACGGGAGUUAUUGUAUCACACCAACAUUUAUGUUCUCUUCGUUCAAUGGAGUUAUUGUAGGUUUUGAACAAUGAUCUGACAAACAAAUCAGUAUGAGUUCCUCUCCAGCGAUCGAGGCCUCCACCCCUACCGCUACCCCCUCCUCCCCCGCGCUGCGAGCUCCGGACUAUCAAUUCCACACGUCUACCCCCAAUUAUUUGAAGAAGCAACACCAGCCGCUGAGCGUUGUACUGACUGCCACUGCACCGUCCACGCCUCCUAUAUACGGAGAGCCAACCCUAACGCCCCCGCCAAGGUCCCCAGGCGCACCCCUAGUGACUCCUGCCUCCGGGGACGUAAGAGUUCACGGACCCCCGGACGGGACAUCGUCAGACAAGUCGUCGGAAACAGCGGUGGGCGGUAUAUCGCGAACUCCGAGCGCGGCGCUCUCCCGCAAAGAGAGCUACAAGGCUCAGCGGCAACACUACCGUAAGGAGAAGAAACGUGCCGCGUCCGCUUUGCUGCACUCCAUUGAGGACCCCUCCGUCGUGGUGCUUGCCGACUGGCUCAAGGUCCGAGGCUCCCUCAAGUCAUGGACGAAGUUGUGGUGUGUGCUGAAACCUGGACUACUGCUGCUGUAUAAGACUCCUAAAGCUAAACGGAGCCACUGGGUGGGCACGGUGCUACUGACCUCGUGCCAGGUGAUCGAGAGGCCGAGUAAGAAGGACGGCUUCUGCUUCAAACUCUACCAUCCACUGGAGCAGAGCAUCUGGGCGCCUAGGGGGCCGCACAACGAGACUAUAGGAGCUGUAGUACAGCCGCUACCGACAGCGCAUCUCAUAUUCCGCGCGCCAUCACAAACUGCCGGCCAUUGCUGGCUCGACGGGCUCGAACUUGCUCUAAGAUGCAGCAAUGCAAUGCUCAGAUGUUCUCGCUCCCGGCCGGAACAGGCUGUGGAGGACGCGCCGGCGACUCAAACAAAUAUCUCUCAUGAAGAGUUGGAGAAACACUUCAAUGAGCACGUUCUAAAACCGCCCUACUCCUCUUGCAGUUCCCAUUCACCCAUAUUUUCCAUACACGAUUACUCGCCGAAACCUAGAAAUCCGUAUUUCGACGCGAAACUAGAAGUUUUCAAUCCUAAAUCCAAAAGCCUGGCAUCCAGUCCAUUCAAAAUAGAUCUGGCGAAAUGUUUCGAACUAAGAAAGCUAUCUAUAGGCGAGAAACUCCACGAUAAGUGGUCCUCGCCGAGUCUUAUUGAGGAGAAUCUAUCGAAGAUAUUCCCCAAACGACGAUCCUCUACCCCGUCAGCAGCGAAACCCAGCUCCUCGCCGAAACGUAUAAGCGAGUUUCGCAAAUCCGUGAAAACUGAUUCCGAGAAUGACGACGCAUUUAAAUCACGCCAGAUAACUCAGAACGGGAAGGAAUCGGAAGUGCUUUUUAGUUCUCCGGAGAACUUUCUGAUAACUAAAACAGCGCCAUCUGUUGAGGCGUUCGGUGUACCCUCCGUUGAUUUAACUACGUCCAGCGAUGAUAUGGAGAGUUGUAGGAGCCCGCUAUUCAACCAAAAGUUUUCUUUAAUAAACUACGACCGAAUGCCCUCGGCGAACUUCGACGCCGAUCAGACGGUCCGUAGGGACAAUCGGUUCACAACCCAAGAUGUUUAUAUUGCCGGGAAGAUCCUACGCAGUGAGUUAGCGGGCGCGGCCUCGGACACGGACAGCGAGGGUUCCAGGCCGGGGAUGCCAGAAAUCCCGAGCCAGGAUCCGGGAACCAGGAAGCGGGAUGUACUGGCCAGGAUACACAGCUGCUAUGCUGAAGACCCCGACACGGAGAUCGGCGUGUCCGGGGAGCUAGUAGAGGAGGUUGCGGAGGAGAACAAGUCCCUGCUAUGGUUCCUGCUGAAGCAGGUGCGGCCCGGGAUGGAUCUGUCCAAGGUGGUGCUGCCCACAUUCAUCCUGGAACCGCGGUCGUUCCUGGACAAGCUGUCCGACAACUAUUACCACGCGGACCUGCUGGCACAGGCGCAAACCGCUGAAGAUCCGUACCAAAGAUUCAAAGGUGUCCUCAAAUGGUACCUGUCGGGGCUGUACCGGAAGCCGAAGGGUCUGAAGAAGCCCUACAACCCGGUUCUGGGCGAAACCUUCCGAUGCUGCUGGCAGCAUGCCGACCAAGACACCUACACGUAUUAUAUAGCUGAACAGGUCUCGCAUCAUCCGCCGAUCUCCGCCUUCUAUAUUUCCAACAGAAAGGACGGUUUCGUUAUAGAGGGCAGUUUGUUAGCGAAAUCGAAGUUUUACGGAAAUUCGACGUCCGCCAUCUUGGAAGGCUGUGCGCGUAUCCACCUGUUGAACUGGGGCGAAACCUACGUGACCACAGCGCCCUAUGCCCAUUGCAGGGGCAUAGUCAUGGGCACCCUCAGCAUGGAAUUGGGAGGCAAGGUACACGUAAUAUGUCAAGAUACCGGAUAUCAAGCGGACGUAGAAUUUAAGUUGAGGCCGUUCCUCGGUGGUUCGGAUCAGACGAACGCGAUCUCUGGUCGCAUCAAGAAAGGGGUGGAUACAGUCGCUUCGUUGGAGGGUUACUGGGACGGUCGGAUCGAUAUUAAGGACAAGCGGACGAGGGAAGAAAGUAACCUACUGGACGUAGCGGUUCUCAGAGACCAUCGCCUGCCUCGGUAUCUGGUGAAGCUUGAAAAACAGCAAGAAUGGGAGUCCCAGAGGCUUUGGAUCAAGGUCUCCGAAGCCAUACACAAUGAGGACCAGAUAGUAGCGACAGAACAGAAGACCAUAAUAGAGGAGGCGCAGCGUGCCCGGGCCAGGAACCUCGUGACUCCCUGGGUGCCGAGGCUGUUCCACCGGGACACCGGAACCUCGCUUCCCGAAGGAAUCACCGAUCAGGGCUGGAAAUAUAAUCACACGAAUACAAGCCCCUGGCAACCGGAAGAGGUGAUAGAGUACGAAGAUGACUUCGUAGUGACGUCGAUACGCAACGUACCGACCCGUAGUACCGGCGAGGCGCGUAUAAGAGAACUCGCCCAGAGAAGCGACUCAGACAGCCACGACGAGUUGGCGAGGCGAUCAAAGACUUCUACGCGAUCUCUCAAGCAGACGCUGUUCGCGAUUGAUGCGUCGCUGCGUGAACAAACGCUGGCGAUUGAACGCCUAUCCAAAACCGUCGACAGUCUGAGCGAAGGUCAAAGAGCAGCGGCCUUCAGACCCCAGAACGUGGGCAGGGUGCCCACAUCGUCCCACUCGUGGGACCUCUUCGGCGGCUUUGUUCUAGCGAUGGUGUUGCAAGCGUUAUUAAAUUGGAUUUUCUACCACAAAGACUGAGUGUUGCCAGUGAUCUAAAGUUCGAUAAAUACAUAAUAAUUAAUAAUGUUAUAAUGAUAAUUUGUACAUCGACCAAAAUUAGUUUAUGACGCGGUGUUAUUGUCUGUCUGUGUGUAUUUAUUUACUUACUUUUAUUGGACGGCGAAUGAGAAGAGGCAUUCAAAGCCAAAGGCCACUUGAUGUGAUACUAUAUACGAUAAUUUUAUUUAAUAGUAUCUAGAAGUUAUGAAGCGCUUGUUUAAGAAAAAAUAACUAGAAAAUUAAAAAAAAAAAGACAAACACUCUCUUUUUGAGCAAUAACUGUUUUGACUUACUCUAUUAUUUAUCAUGUAGAUCAGAUUGAAUAAUAAAAAAAGGUUUCUUUGCAACUUUUAUUUUUAGGGUGCGACGGCCGAAAAAUGCCUCCUUUCAAAUCUGCUGCAUUAUUUUAAACUUAUAAUAAUUUAUGAAUUUACUUUAUUGACUUGUGUAUUGUAAAACGUUAAAAAAGCUACCAUUUUAGUAGAAAUUGUAGACAACACAUAAUGAUAAAUAACUAGGUUAGAUACUGUCACCUUAUACUUAGUAUGAAUAUUUUCGCUAAAAUUUAAUUUUCUUGGUAAUAAUAUAAUUAUUUAUUGUUUCAAUACACAUCCGUUAAUAUAAAAUUGUGCGUUACGUGAAAAGAACUACCAUUUUGGUAGAAAUAUUACUAUGGAGUAUUUAUUUAUAGCUUGAUCAUUUUGUUGGUAUACGGACAGACAAUAAAACUGUUUUUUAAUAUGCCUAUGCUUUCCACGUAUGUAAUAAAAAUUACUAUUUUUAUUUAGCGAUAGUUCGAUUCCCUUUGACAAAAUAGUGGCGAUAUUGGCAACCUACCUCGCACAGCGGUGAGCUUUGUAGUUUUAAGUUGGAAGGCCCUGCUUCGAUACCGGCAGGGCCAAUUGUGGAAUUUAUAAUGAAUAUCUGAAUUUUCUCUGGUAUGGUCUUGUGGGAGGCUUCGGCCGUGGCUAGUUACUACCCUACUGACAAAGACGUGCCGCUAUGCGAUUUAGUGUUAAAACUUUGACACUUACACUAUUGCGAUCAGCGGUUUCCUGGGACCCGCUUUGGGGUAGCGUGGUGGCCUUGAACUCUAAAUACCUCUCUUAUAAUAAAUAAGGAUAUAUUGUGACGAAGCCGAAGCUGAAAUUCGAGGUAGUUUAAAAGCCUCUAUUUUAUCAACGCGAAGUAACUAUGUUUAGCUUAAAAUGAGCUUAAAAAGAUUUUUGUGUAUUAUAUAUAAACUUAUUAUUAUUAGGGUUUAUUUAGACAUGUCAGUCGGUGCACAGUUUCAUAAUUUUUAUUAGUAUUCUUACCUACACUUCGAGGUAUUAUAUCGAUUUCAUAAAUUUUAAAAGGCAAACAGACAUUUUGGAACCGACAUGAUUUGAACCUGGGAUUCUGGCAAUCGCGGCCUGAGCGCUUUUCCCACUAAGCUACUGCUAUCAAUCAAUGAUGAAUGAAAAUAUUAUAUGCCUUUUAUAUCUGUCUCAUAGUAACUGUAGCGACAUCUAGUAGGAAACAUUGCAGUUUCGUUAUGACACUCCUAUCUGAAAAACUGACUGACUGACAUGUCUGUGUAAACCCUCAGGCUGUCAUUUCACAAUGGAUGGAUGCAUAGUUAAGGGUUUUUUUUUCUAAAGUUAUAUAAAUGUGUAUAUAAUAAGGACAUCAUGUUGUCCUAAUCCUAAUGUUGCCUGGGUCGCUACCAAGCGAUAAGGCCGCCUUUUUUUUUCUACUGCUACUAAUAUUUCUAUUCUUCUUUUAUUUGUUUAACUUCAUAGUGGUGUACAAAUAAAGAGUUAAAAUAAAAAAUAAAAAUAUAGUACGAUGACUAUACGAUACUUUUAAUCGAUAACUGCGCAGAGGUCUUUCGGACUCUUUUAAAACAAUUGAAAUUAAAACCAAAAAUACGAUACGAUCGUUUAUUUUGUCGUUCUACAUUGACCAAGUUAAAUGGUCCAAUAAAAUUCAUCGGUAAAAAAAAAUGCUUAAUUUUCAUAAUAUAUCAUGAAAUUCCGCAAAUUAACGCUUGCUUCUUCUUCUUUCCAAUAAAGUCAACUAAAUGAAUAGUUGGGUGCAUAAGAAGCAACCUAUAUCGAGUGACAGCGGCGCGGUGCGACGGCAUUAACAAUACAAUAAAUGUUGAUGUUGUCCACCAGAACAAAAAAAUCGAAUUUCUAAAUGCAGAAGUUUUCAAUUAUUUUGAAUAUUGCCUAGAGAUCUUUAUAUAGGAAAGAGGUGAAUGUUCCCGGAUAAAAAAAAAAAACUCUGCACUCAAAAUUAUAUUUUACCUUUGCUAUGCAUCUGCGUAUAUCUGGUGUAAAGGCAGCCUUAUUUAAAGACAUUCAGAUUAAUUCCACAUUAUAAUUCGACAUGUUCUUGUUAUAGGCCGAGAGUUGGUGAAUAAAUUUGAAGGGGUGUUAGAACACAGCUAAGCUUUAAGUGGUUCUUAAGCUUUACCUAAAUAUGCCAAACCUAGAUGCCAGCUGGUUUGUUUUUAAGUUUUUUUUAAAUUUCUCAGCAGUUCUUGAGCCACACUUUUUUGACACUGGGAUUUUUUUUUUCAAAUGCGGCCUGCAGGUUUUAUAUUACUAUGUACUUUCAAAAAUUGUAAUCGUAUAUCCACCUCGUUCAUUAUAUUUCAAUAGAAAAAAUGCAGACUGUUCGUGACUUUCAUAGCGUUCGAUUUGAUUAAAUAUUUUUUAUUUAAUGUGCAUCGAUGACUGAACAAUAAUGAUAACAUUAUUACAUUCAAAUACUAGAAAUUUUGAAUUCGGUUCGAUAUCAAAAUGAAUCGAAUGCGUUAAUCGACGAAACUGUUGUUGAACCAUCUUCCAUUUUUUUAUUGGAAUAAAAAGAAAAAGGUGCACUCAACAUUAUUCCUAAAAUUAAAUUGACACUUGCGCGUAAAAAGCUGACACGAUUUUGACACAUUCUUGUAUAUUCGACACUUGCAAACGUAGAUGCGAAUUUUUAUAUAAAAUUAAAAAUCAGUUAAAAUAAUAUUUUUAGUGAAUAACUUUUUAUAAAACUGUAUAUCGUGGGCUGCAUGUAGUUUUUCUUAAUCCAUUUCCAAUCAUUAUCCUAAUAAUUUUCCAAAACAAAUAUAUAUAUUUUGACAUUUGAUUGGUAUUUUGGAUUUAAAUAUUUAAAGUCGUUUUGGUGCCGAUUAAUUAUUAUCGCUAACUCCUAAUAAUAAUAAUCGUUAUGUAAGCCCGCCAAACUGCAUUAGAGCAGCGGGACGGGUCUAAUCUUUUAUACCCUUCUACUACUGGAGAAUUGACCUGUGUGUCACCCGCAAUCAAAUGUCAAAGUAAAUAUUGACUCUUCGUGUUUAUAGACAGCCCAGCCUAGCUGUAUAGUUCAAGGUCGUCACAGCUAAACUAGGCGUUCUAUAAAUUUUGGCGGCAAUUCUAAUGUCAAACUUAGAAAUUAAGUGUUGCCAGCGUAAAGCCAUUUUUCUACCAUUCGAUGGAAACUCGGAGGUAUUAUUGUCGAAACUUUUUGGUAGUAUUCCGUCGAAAUCCUUACGUGGUGUUGCCAUUUUUGAAGUAUUAAUUAUUAUUACCUAUUUUCCUACAUUAUUGUAGAUAUUGUAAUUCUUUAUUAUGAUUACUGAUUAUAUUUCUAUAGACCAAGAGAUAGUGGACUAUUUUUUAAAAGUUUUUUCCGAGGACUAUGCACGCCACUGAAUGUGGGUAUAGGAUUACAGAUAUAGAAUGUGUGAACUUUACUAAAAUUUCGCCCACUGUCUCUUGGACUACUAUUCUCAUGAUGUGUUUUCUAUAAGAUUUGUGUAAAUUGCGCAUUUUAGAUAAGAUCAUUAGAUUGUUGAUAUUUUUGUUGUUUUAUCCAGUGAAUAUAUAUUUUUUUCCAAUUUA